UGCACACCCGGAAAUGUUUCCAAAGCUGCUGAACACGAGUUCAAACCUGAAGUCAGAUAUCUUCAGAUACAUGAACGUGAAGCUGUAACUGUGUCUCUGCAAAAUGUCUUCAGGAGAUAACUCUGAAGGACAGUGUGCACUUAAAGAGGAGCUGAACAGAAAGAUAAAGGAGCAGAAAGUUGUUGUGGACGAGCUGUCCAAUCUGAAGAAAAACAGGAAAGUGUACAUCCAGCAGAGGAACAGUAACAUAUUCUUCCUGGCAGACAGAAGUCAGACACUGGGUUCAAGCAAAAAGGAACUGGAUAACAUGAAGAAGGAGCUGCUGGACAUGUAAGACUGACCUGCAUCACAACAAUGUGCGGCAUCUUUUGUCUGUUGAGUUUGUCGCCGUCUCAGUUCGAGUGGGACAAAACGGUUCAGGAACAUUUGAAG